AUGAGAUAACGUCCAUCUAGUCAGUUUGGUGGAAGUAAAGUUCAUUGGAAGUUAACAGCAGGAAACUGAAAGGAGUCUAUACUGCUACUUCUCAUGGAGGCAUAACUUGAUUAGCUGUGAACUUUGCUGUAGAAAACUAUAAGGAAAACAGAAAAUGUCAUCAAACAAGAGCCAAAAUCCUCAUGGGCUUAAGCAGAUAGGCCUGGAUCAGAUAUGGGAUGACCUUCGAGCUGGCAUUCAACAGGUUUACACCCGACAGAGCAUGGCAAAAUCAAGAUACAUGGAACUAUAUACUCAUGUUUAUAAUUAUUGUACCAGCGUCCACCAGUCAAAUCAAGCACGAGGAGGAGGAACAGCUGCUGCCAAAAAACAGAAGGGCCAAACCCCAGGGGGAGCCCAGUUUGUAGGGCUGGAACUCUACAAACGUCUAAAAGAGUUUCUGAAAAAUUAUUUGACAAAUCUUCUGAAGGAUGGUGAAGAUUUGAUGGAUGAAAGUGUAUUGAAGUUUUAUACCCAGCAAUGGGAAGAUUACAGGUUUUCUAGCAAGGUAUUGAAUGGAAUCUGUGCCUACCUCAAUCGACAUUGGGUCCGUCGUGAAUGUGAUGAAGGACGUAAAGGAAUUUAUGAAAUAUAUUCACUUGCUUUAGUGACGUGGCGGGAUUGCUUAUUUAGACCUUUAAAUAAACAG